UUGGAAGAGAGAGGAUAGGACAAGGAAGAGAGAGACCUGAAGAGACAUCUCAGAAGAAAGAGCUUGACCUUCCCUAUUCCCAACGAACCCAGCGCCAUGGACACUAAAGGCUCAUUUUCCUGUGGCUUCCUCUUGCUGCUGCUCAUCCAACUCCAGUCCAGCAGAGCCAACCCAAUCUACAGCCUCAGCCCUGCCAAAGAACUGGCCAGCAUGGAGGCACUGCUGGAGAAACUGGAAGAUAAGUUUGCAAUGAUUGAAGCCCUGGAGUCCAAUCCUGACCUGCAAGAACCCAAAACCCAGGAGGAGAUCCCACCAGAACUCAUAGAUGACAGUGAUGACCAGAAGGCUGAGCCCAGGCUAGCACCCAGCACCCCUCUGUCUUACAAGGACCCCUUCCUCAAGAGACUGAGGGGGCUGCAGAUGCCCAGGAUGAUGAGAGAUUCUGGCUGCUUUGGGAGGAGAAUUGAUAGAAUCGGCUCCCUGAGUGGAAUGGGUUGCAACGGUUCCAGGAAGAAUUAGGACAACUUCCCUAUACCCUACUCUGAAGAAUGCUUUACAGUACCCGUUCCUCCCAAGAUGAAAGCCAGAUGCUUUCAAAGCUCUUCAACAGAAAGUGAUUCCUAUUUUUAUUUAUUUAUUUAUUUAUUUAUUUGAUGUUUUUUAAAGACCAUUUCUUACUCUAGCACCAAGAGACCAUCUUUAAAUAAAACUAACACAUUAGACAUCUA